CCCGCUCGCCCCAGACACCGCAUUCCGCGUUCGACGCUCGACGUGAACACACUCGCAACAAACAUGUCCUCCCUCUCCUAUGAUAUCGCGUACACACACUCGGACGACGGGCCGCAGCCCGUCUCCCGAACGUAUCAGUACAGAAAAGUGAUGAAGCCGAUGCUCGAGCGCAAGAGGCGCGCUCGCAUCAACCGCUGCCUCGACGAGUUGAAGGAGCUGAUGGUCAGCGCCCUGCAGUCGGAGGGCGAGAACGUCGCCAAGCUGGAGAAGGCCGAUAUUCUGGAGCUUACGGUGCGCCACUUGCACAAGCUGAGGCGCCAGCGCCGCCUGUCGCUGAACCCCACCGUGGACGCCGACCGCUUCCGCGCCGGAUUCACCCACGCCGCCAACGAGGUGUCGCGCUGUCUGGCCUCCAUCCCCGGAGUGGACGUGAGGCUGGGCACGCAGCUGAUGACCCACCUCGGGCACAGGCUGAACGACAUCCAGCGCGCCGCCGACACGCCGCCGGCCAGCCCGCCCAGCCCGGCGCCUUCCUCCGCCUCCUCGUCCUCCGGCUACGUGACGCCGUCGCCGCCGGCGUCGCCCGCGCCGCUGACGGCCGUGCCCCUGGACUGCACCACCUCGUACUCGAAGGCGCCGGUGUGGCGACCGUGGUAGACGGCCGCGGCUGCCCGCGGACCCGGCUCCCGGUCACAUCUGUUCCAGCACCGCUCGGAGCCGCUCGCCCUCUAGUGUCCGCCCAGUGCAGUGCCCGUGCUCGCCUCAGAUCUCACACUUAGUGUAGGCUGUAGUAGUAAGUCCAAAUUUGAAGCUUUAAAUUAGUCGAUAAGAAUAUUGUGAUAUUAAAUAUUAUUGUAUAGAGAUGUAUCGAGUUUUGCCAUGUUCGAGUAAACUCGGAUUGUUAUUUUUAUUGUCGUUAAAAGAUUUCACCUCGUUGUGAACGAUUACAAAAGAGUAAUUUAAUAAAAACAAAUAUUUUUACCUUA